AUGGAAGCCAAGGGGAAAAAGGAGCAGUCAGUUGCGGCUGCACUGCUGGCGCGAGCGCACACGCCAGACGAGGCAAACCGAAUCUUCACGGAAAAGAUCCAGCACCGGCCGCUCUUCCUCACGCCGUCAUCCCCGCCGCCCUCAGACGCGCGCGCGGCACGGCAGCGUGAGCGCGAGAAGAAGAAGCAGCAGCGCAAGAAGGCGCUCAAGCCGAAGCCGCUGUCGGCGGCCCAGCGCCGCAAGCUCGGCCUCUACGACGUGCCCCGCGAGGGCCAGAAGUACGCCCUGUUCGAGCCGCUGCACAACCUGUGGCUGGGCUACAUCCGCGAGAUCCUGGGCGGCGAAAUCUACACGGGCGGCGAGGGCGCGGCGGCCAAGCUGACCAGCGCCGACUACCACGGCGCCGGCGUCGAGGUCGUGCGCAGCGGCUGCGUCAGCCGCGUCGGCAUCAAGGGCAUCGUCGUCAAGGACUCCAAGUUUGCCUUCGAGAUCGUCACCAAGAAGAACACGCUCAAGCUCGUACCCAAGGAGGGCACCGUGUUCCGGUUCGAGGUGCCCGCUGUGAACGCACGAAGCGGCAGCAGAGACCCGGGCGCGGAGGAUGCCGAUGGCGCCGCCGCCACCACGCCCGAGCAGCAUGAGACGGAUCGCCCGCAGAAUAUGGUAUUCGAGAUCCACGGCGAUCAGUUCCAGUUUAGGUCGGCAGAUCGCGCAAACAAAAAGUUUAGAGUCCAUUUCUCAAAGAAGCUGUGA